AAAAAAAAUUGCAUGGCCAUGAAAAUGAUAUAAAAAGGGAGAUCAAAUCCCAACUUUUUAAACUUAUAAAUCAAAAUCUUCUUUUUUUUAAAAAAAAAAAAAAAUAUAUAUAAUCUGAAAUGUCUGCCGAAAAUUUACCUCCUAUGAAAUAUGUCAAGUUUGGAAACACUGGUCUACGUGUGUCACAAAUCUGUCUUGGUUGUAUGAGCUUUGGUACACCUGAGUGGGAUCAAUGGGUGUUGGAUGAAAAGGAAUCCAUCCAUAUGAUUCGUAAAGCAUAUGAAGCUGGUAUCAAUUUCUUCGACACUGCCAAUAUUUAUUCUGCUGGUGAAAGUGAACGUGUCUUGGGUAAAGCUAUCAAGGAAUUGAACAUGCCUCGUGGUCGAAUUGUCGUUGCUACUAAGGUCUUUGGUCAUGUCGGUAAAAACGGUGGCGAGUACAAUCCCAUCCCCUAUGAUGAUCCUGAUGCUGUUAAUCAAUUUGGUCUUUCAAGAAAACAUAUCUUCGAUGCUGUAGAAGCUUCUUUGAAACGUUUGCAAUUGGAUUAUAUUGAUUUGUAUCAAAUCCAUCGACCUGAUCCUAAUACUCCUUGGGAAGAAACAAUGGAAGCUUUAAAUGAUCUUGUACGAUCUGGAAAAGUACGUUAUAUUGGUGCAUCAAGUAUGAAGGCUUAUGAAUUCCAAAAGGCCAACACCAUUGCUGAAAAGAACGGAUGGACCAAAUUUAUCUCUAUGCAAAACUUGUACAAUCUUUUGUAUCGUGAAGAAGAAAGAGAAAUGAUUCCUUAUUGUCUGGAUGCUAAGAUUGCUGGUAUGCCUUAUUCUCCUUUAGCUGGUGGUUAUCUUACUGGUAAGAACCGUAACACGGCUCGUAGUGAUCAAGCUUCUUACAUAUCCAAACUAUCCAAGUUGUUUGGCAGAACUGAUGAUGAUGAUGCUAUUAUUGAUCAAGUGAUUGCCAUUGCUGAAAAACGUGGAGUCUCUCCUGCUCAAAUCGCAUUGGCAUGGAAUUUGAGUAAACCAUUUGUUACUUCUCCUAUCCUUGGAUUCAGUAAGGAAAAAUAUCUUUAUGAAGCCAUCCAUGCAUUGGAAAUCAAGUUAACUGAUGAAGAAAUUCAACAAUUGGAAUCUGCUUACGCUCCUCGUGUUAGUCUAGUUUAA